UGCACAGUUCACACUCAAUUGGACUACACAGUUUGAAACUGCAACCUGCAUAAGUGUGAUUUACAAGUGUGAUCUGUCAAAUUUGAUAGAUCCGUUGACAGCUCGAAAUAUCAACACAUUGUUUUGAUUAACAAUCGGCUCGCGUUGUUGGAAUAAUUAUUUAGUUAAUAUUUAUAGUUUUUUAUUCGACAAUAGAAAUGGCCAACGGCAACAUAAUCCUUCGGAAUGUGCAGCAUAAACGAGCUUCCACUAAUACCCGAUUCCAUUGCCUAUAUGGCUAUUAUUUUCUCGGCCUUACAAGAGCACAGUUGGCGAUAAUUUACCGAAAAAGCAAAACCACUGUGACCAACUGGAUUUCCGCAUACGAAGAAAAUGGACUUGUGACUUCCAAGCAGCGGCAGCAGAUACACCGUAAAUUCUCCGCUGAACAGCGGCAAUGGAUACUCGCACUCUACCAGAAGAACCCAGUGCUAUAUCUUGAUGAAUGUCGUGACCUCUUCCAACAUCAGUUUAAUAGAAGAAUAAGCGGAGCAACGGUUUGUAGAAUCCUUCAUGCCGAAGGACUGACCUGGAAGGCAUUGGAACGCAGGGCGAUCCAGAUAAAGGAAGAAGAGAUUCUGCGAUUCUGUUCCGAAAUGAAUUCUUUCGAAUGGGAUAUCUACAUGCUUGUGUUCCUGGAUGAAGUAUCGCUGGAUAACAAAGGAGUUCUAAGGAAUAGAGGAUACGGAGCAAAAGGAAAAAGGUUAAUUUUUCGAGGGGAGUUCGUGCGGCGUCCAAGGGCAUCAUUUUUAUGUUUCUUGGGGCUUCAUGGUAUUCUUGAUAGUUUCGAAACAGAGGGAACGUUUACGCGAAAGAUAUUUUUUGAUUGCUGUCGAGAAUUUGCCCUCCGUAAUGACAAGGUCAACCGUUACCCUGGAUACAAUUCAGUUUGGAUUAUGGAUGGCGCUCGGAUCCACUGUGAUCCAAAUAUAAUAUUGUAUCUACGUUCAAUUGGAAUUAUUCCAGUAUUUUUACCUCCAUAUUGUCCGUUUUUUAAUCCGGUGGAGAUAAUUUUCGGAAUUGCCAAAUCUCGCAUCAAAAAAAUGUAUCCUGAAAAUUCUAAUGCCAAUAUGUCUCAUUUGGCAUUAGAAACAUUUAUGGGCUUGGAACACCAUGACUGUACGCGUCUAUACAAAAAAUGUGGCUAUUUUUCUGGCGGCUUUUUUGAUCCCUCAGGCGGAAUGACAAAUAAAGAAUGUGCUGAAUGAUAUGAUAAAGAUGAUCUCUAAAGAUCAUCUAAAUCCCCAAGCAAUGUAAUUUCAGUGUGUUUUCUCUAUUGGCUAU